UACGAGAACAAUAUGGAGUCUGUGUAUGGACUAUAUUUUCAUGUUCUUGAACUGCCAAAUAUCAAAAUUAAAAAGCCGGGAUGGCUCAAAGCCCCUUCGGCAAUGGUAGUUUUUGCUUUGGUCCUUCUUUCCUAUUUUUUAGUUACUGGAGGUAUUAUUUAUGAUGUAAUUGUGGAACCUCCUAGCAUUGGCAGCACCACAGAUGAACAUGGGAACAGCAAACCUGUUGCAUUCAUGCCAUAUCGAGUCAAUGGGCAGUAUAUCAUGGAAGGUUUAGCUGCAAGUUUCAUGUUCUCCCUUGGUGGACUUGGCUUCAUCGUUUUAGAUAAGUCAAACUCACCUGGGUUGCCCAAACUCAAUCGACUGCUCCUACUUGCUCUGGGAUUUAUUUGUGUCAUUGUUGCCUUCAUAUGUUGUCGUGUUUUUAUGAAAAUGAAAUUACCGGGAUACCUUUCAAGCUAUUAGGAUAUGAAAUAGAGGACUUAAAUUGUUUUUAAUAAAAAAUAAAUUUAUGAAUAUCA